AUGUACUCCAAAACGGGAGUCGUCACUCAGUUAACAGACCUAAGAUCUCAGGCUCAUCGAGUCAUACUUGACUGGGUUAGUUGCUUCCAAUUUACUGUCGACUCUGGCACGUUCCUAAAAGUCGCCUACGUAUUGCCCGUAUCAUAUGCGCAGACGUUGGGCUCAGAGGCCAUUUACGAAUCCGUUUACAUGGAACUUCGUCAAGGUGAACAAUCAGAGGGACUAACUCAAUUUAUUAUCCCGACUGGCUGGAUAAGGGUCUGCAUGUAUACUGAUCGUGACCUCGUUACAAGGCCUGUAUUACAGAAGGUUGCAGAGGCUGAGACAGAAGGAUCCCUUUUCCGAUCAGAUGGUCCUUCGUUUGACGGCGCUUCGUUUGAAGACAGCGACUUCUUAUCCGCAUUCAACGAUUGGAUCGACACCUCCUCAGUUCCUGCCGUAGGUGGCACUACAUCUCCAGUCUCUUCUGGGGUGGAGCUACUUUCCCAAGUUCCUGAUGACGAAGGUGUCCCGUCGUCAAAUGGUCCAGGUUCCAUGUUCACCACAUUCCUUCUGACACCACUUUUCAACGUCACUGCUAGCGGUCAAAGUUUGCCUGGAGCCUCAAGCUUGCAGCGUUAUGUGUUAUGCACCCCAGCCGAUUUUAAGGCUGGGAUCAUUUAUGAUUGCGACUUCCUCGCGGCUCACUUUCCUUUUGCACAUGUAUGCAUACAGGAUGCCAAGGCUCUGGCUAAGAAUUAUCUCACCAUUUGUGGCAUGGACAUGGAUUCAUUCGCCGCGUAUUGCACUCAGGCUAUCGAAGAAAUGUUGACCGUGGCAAACAGUGCCGGUCAACCAGCGGAGUCAGGUUUUCGAUGCUGCAUAACCCAAAAGACCAAAGAUUUAAAUCUAUACAGUCGGGACGCAAUCAAAAUAGUAUCCUCGGAGUACGACAGAUUCAAGAAGGCCUUGAAGGACAACUCGCACCCUCUCGUCAACUGCAAGAAAAAACUUCGAUUGGAUGGUUUUGCCUUGAAUACCAAGCGUCCCCAUGAGAUCAUUCCCUACAUCACUAGCAUCACUGGCUUAACAGCUUGGAACGGCACCGUAACCUCAUUAGAAUUCACCAGAUCUCCGGACGGGAAUCUAUAUCGACGCAAGACAAUUCUAAUCUUACUGGCAUAUCGGAUCUUGAAGGUGGUUCAUCAGCACAAAUCCAACCGGUCCCUGCUGGAACUAUUCCCUCAUCAGUAUGAAAGCCUUCCGGAGCACUCUAUCGCACUAGUGUGCGCCAUGUACGUGAUACGGUUCAGGCGGUAUUUCCUGGACAUGAAAUUCACAAAAUAUCUUCUUCCCAUUUUGGAAAGGGAGGCAUGCCACCAGUUGGUUCUCCUCAGGAGGGCCCGUGAGGGCACCAGUGAUGCAGCUGUUGCACUGAAUCGGUGGAUCAAUACGCGUCAUGGAGACGUGGCUGGGAACAGGACCUGUUGA